UGCUUUGCCGCUCUCUUCCCUGGCUCCGACGUCUGCACUCUAUGCCCAAAACAAACGAGGGUGAGAUGCCUGAACGAAGAUAGCACCGCGGGGAUAGAGAGAUAGGUAGCGAGGGCAAAUAGGAAGUCCAGUUUCUUAUUAAGUUUGUUAGGAAUAAAAGAGCGAGAGGCGACCGUAACUGUUUAUUAGGUGAAAAUACCAGUCUGUUUCCCAGUUGCUCUUUUGAUAUUUUUUUUCGUUUACGACUUUCCCAGCGCGUGUUUCCGACUGUUAUUUAGUUGUUCGUGAUAAAUGGUCGUGUUUGUGUAUGUUUCCGGGUUUCCUGUACUUAAGUGCGUCGUAGUAGAUCCUUCUGUGUUCGUUGGCCGAGCGAGUGAGUUACCGGAAUAGAGAGCCCUGCAGGGAAUGAGAUAGAGACCCCUGUGACGUCAUACUCUUAGCAUAAUGGCCAGGCGUCAUCACACGUACAGUUUCCUGUCGUCACCCAGCACGGGUAGCCGCCCUUCCUCGUCUUCGUUGUCUUCCUCAUCCUACUCUUCACCCUCGUCGUCAAUCAAAUCUGCUUUAGAAUCUACAACUCCUUUACUUGCAAGUGGUCCAUUUUUGUCGAAAUACCGAGGUGGCCGUUCUAGUGAUGCUCUGGGGAAGUCUACAGCUUACGAGAGUUCUUAUGGCAGUAGUAGUAGCGGCAGACGCCAUUACAACUCAUCGUCUUCGUCGUCAUCUUUCUUAAGCGCUACUGCCUCGGGGAAGACUGAUAAUUCUACUGCGCAUGCGUCAUCCCCGCAAUCGUCGCCGUCUUCUUCUUCUCAUCGACGAAGAUUUCAUAUCCCAGGACUGCAUCAUCGUCGUCACGAUGACGAGGAGAAAUCUGCUGGGAAGGAAGACAAGGAGAAAGAACAGCCUGGACGUCGUCGAAGAGAUCACCGCCGAAUAAAUGAGGAGUCGGAAAAGAAUGACGUCACCAGUAGCGAUUCUACUGAGAAGCGACGGGUCCGACCUAGGUCGAGGGUUGUAGAUGAAGAUUCGAGCAUUGGGGAGGCUGAUCGUGAAAAGCAGAAGGAAACUCUGAGCGUCUCUGAGAAAGAUGCUGGGCACUCUGACUCUGCGUCUGUUAAAUCUUCAUCUGAUGUGUCGAAUGACUCCGAAAUCGUUGAUACAGUCGAUGACGAGGUGGAAAAGUCUCGACGGGAACGUCGCCAGAGAAGAAUCGAAAAGUCGAAAGAGGCAACAAAGGCAUCCUCUAAUACUGAUCUCACGGAACUGAGCGCAAGAGAAGAUAGCGGUAUCGUCGACUGUGACGUUUUUGUCAAAGACAGUGACGUCACGUACGAAUUCCGAAAACCUGGAGUGAAGCAGAGGAGAUAUGGUGCUGGUUCCGAGGACGGUUCUACGGGUGAAUACAGCCGGAACUCAAAGGAAAGUUUGGAUACCAUAAGAGAGGAUAGGCUCUACCAGCACUCUGGAGGGGUCAUGAAACCGGCCGUCCAGAUUAAGAUCGAUUCUUGCGAUGUCUUCGAGGAUCAGGAAGAUAUGGUGAGUUUAUUGCAUCUGUUCUAACUUAUCAACUUUGUUGAAAUUUCUUCGCUUUGCCCUACACUUCAGCAUUAUUACCUUUUGCUUUCUUCUUCUAUAACAAGUGUUAUCUUCUUACUGUUAGGAUUUUCACUAUUUUAUAGUAUAAUACUACUUCCUAAAAAAAUACCUUUUAAUGCAACAUCUUCAAAAGUAAAAGAGAUAGAUCGCACUUUUUUUAUCUUCCCUUUGUGUCUUAUUGUUCAGUUCGCUUGUUGUUGUUUUGUUGUUGUUGUUUUGUUGUUGUUUUUUUGCUUUCAGUGUAAAUGUGUGUGGGUUUUUUCUUUCUUUUUAUUUUCAAUAAUAUUGUUAGACCAACGUUUUUGUCCAUAAAACUUGAAUUAUAAGAACAUCGGGUGCAUGGUAAAUCCACUACCUCGCAUGAUAUCUUUUUGUCUCUGUUGUUAACUAGUCUGGUCGUAUACUGGCAGAUGCAACACCCCUUCUAGCAACGGCUGGUGAUUUAGAGACAAAACGAACACCUGCACAUCAGAAUUAACCAGAUACACGACAUUGGUCUUUGUUGUCAUUCUUAAAGGAUAGGUUUAAAGUUCCUUUCAACACUGUGCGGAGUGGGUGGUUGGUGGGUGCUCUGGUGUGAUUUGCUCCUUCUUUCCUAU